AUAGGGCAAGAGGACAACUCUUCCUGGACCUUGAGCUCAUGCCUGCAAAAGGGAGCGGAUAUAAUAUUUAACCACUGAAGAGAGACAUCUGUUUGGAGACAGGAACAGGGCUACGGUUACUGUUCCAUGAAAGAUGAAACUGGUGGGACUGGGCACUUCCCUGGCAGUCCAGGGCUUAAGACUCCAUUCUUCCAAUGCAGGGGGUGUUGGGUUCCAUCCCUGGAUGGAUCCCACAAGCCUCGUGGCGAAAAUAACCAAAACAUGAAACAGAAGUUAUAUUGUAACAAAUGCAAUAAAAAUUUUAAAAAGGGUCCACAUCAAAAAAAAUCUUUUAAAAGAAAGAAUAUCGAUGGGGCUGUUCUUAAAUUCUGUAGUUAUGAAUGACAGAUCACAUCACGGAAGGGCAAGUUUUCUUCCCCAAAUGAGCUUGGGUGUGGUUGCAAAAACACAGGAGGCUUGAAAAUGCAGCUAUUUACUUGGCCAUGGAAACCGAGGACUGUGCUGCUACCACUGAGCGAGGGUCUGAAGUGCGUGUCCCUGAGAGCCCAGGUCAUACCCGAUUCUCUGCCAGCGAUGCAGCGCAUGGAGAGGCUUCCAGGGUGUCUCUCCUCUCCCGCAGCGGCAACUACUCCCCAGAUGCUGACAGCAAAGGCACUUGGAGCUGGUCAGGAAAGAGCAGGACCUCAGGACUCUGCGAGACUUGCUGUGGAAGUGUGUGUCAUCACGACUAGAGGUUCCUGAGGUGGGGAGGAAAACAGACCAUCCUCAAACAGGUCUCUGCUUAUUUCUAGUGAGCUGACCCAGCAGGAAAGUUGGGGUAGAUUCCUGAGCACGUGGUGGACACAUUCAGGGCCUCUGUACAACCCAGCGCCCUGGAGGUCUUCUGCCAUUUCUACAGUCUUGGUUUGGGCAGGGUGUGAACAGAGCUUCCCUGGUGGCUUAGCAGCCAAGAAUCCACCUCCCAAUGCCUGCCAAUGCAGGAGACAAGGGUUCGACCCCUGGCUGGGGAAAAUCCCCUGGAGAAGGAAAGGGCUAUCUACUGCAGUAGUUUUGCCUGGGAAAUCCCAUGGACAGAGGCGCCUGACAGGCUACAGUCCAUGAGAUCACAAAGAGUUAGACACAACUUAGCAAUUAACAACAAAACAGAGUCUUGGAGCAGCCCCUGACACAUCUAAAAAACGUACUUCCUGGCACAUAGAAUGUGCUCAGUAAAACUUUCUGAAUGAGUGAGUGAAUGAGUGGAAGAGAGAGUGCUUGUCAUUGAAUUGCAAAUCAGAGGCCUCCAACUGUUGAUGAAAUUUAUGAGAAAGCUUCAGGCUUCACUUCUCAGACCUUUAUUCUUCUAAACAAAGUUCAGGCCUCUGAAUGUUCUACUCUGUUAACCACAGAAGCCCAAAGUUCUUCCAUAACUAACCUGAACCAGGGGUUCCUGGGCUCUGCUCUCAGGAGCUCUCACAAGCCCUCUGCCCUGGGGCAGGCAAGAGGACAAUGGAGCACGGCUGCAGCCGCAUGGAGGACUUCCCUGUCAACGUGUUCUCGGUCACUCCCUACACUCCCAGCACCGCCGACAUCCAGGUGUCAGACGACGACAAGGCAGGGGCCACCUUGCUCUUCUCGGGCAUCUUCCUGGGACUGGUGGGGGUCACAUUCACCAUCAUGGGCUGGAUCAAAUACCAAGGGGUCUCCCACUUCGAAUGGACCCAGCUCCUCGGGCCCAUCCUGCUGUCGGUGGGGGUGACGUUCAUCCUGAUUGCCGUGUGCAAGUUCAAAAUGCUGUCCUGCCAGUGGUGCAAAGAAAGUGAGGAGAGGCUCCCGGAUCCGGAGCAGACAGCGGGAGGACAAUCAUUUGUGUUCACUGGUAUCAACCAACCCAUCACCUUCCAUGGUGCCACUGUGGUGCAGUAUAUCCCUCCUCCUUAUGGCUCUCAAGAGCCUAUGGGGAUGAAUACCACCUACGUGCAGCCAGUGGUGAGCCCAUGUGGCCUCAUACCCACUGGAGGGUUGGCGGCCACCAUGCCAAGCCCUCCUCAGUACUACACCAUCUACCCUCCGGAGAAUGCUGCCUUUGCUGACGACCAGGACUACCCUUCCUUUGUGGACACUGCAGAUGGCAGGUCCAGCCCUGAUGCUGAGCAGCUAGAAGAGACACCGCUGGGUGACGAGGACUCUGCCUGCUUCUCCCCUCCUCCGUAUGAGGAGAUAUGCUCCCCUCCUCGCUAGACUGUGAGGCUGAGGGCACAGCGUUGUAGUUGUGUUGCUGACAGCUGAAGUGUUCUGUGCGCAGAGCUGUCUAACCAGGAAGUCUUGACAGAUACCAUUUGGGGAGGGUGGGGCAGGGAGAAGUGGGAGGCUGAAUCUCUCUCGUUGGUAAAAAUUAGGCAGGGGUGGGGAAAUGUCCUUCUGAUAGAGCUAGAAAUCCCCUGGAUAUGGUUCAGGAUCAGGGAUUUCACCUGUUUAUCCACCACCCAUCCCUUUCCCACUGGGAGGCACUGGUGUCUUCAUUUGAGCUCUAGCAGCCAAGGGAACCUGAGGAGGGCAUGGCAACCCACUCCAGUCUACUUGCCUGGAGAAUCCCAUGGACAGAGGAGCCUGUGGCUACAGUCCAUGGGAUCGCAAAGAGUUGGGCACGACUGAGCAACUGAGCACACAGAGUACAGCACAGCCAAGGGGAAAAUCACUGCCGCUGUGACUCUGGGAGUUUCCACAGCAGUGAGAGUAGGGGUGGGAAGGAAGCAGGGGACAGAAAACAGGCUCAAAUGCAGAUUUUCCAGCGCCUGUUCUCAGCCCCUAAAGGGCAUCUGCAUGUUUGUAAGAACCUGGUGGCCAUCUGGUGUCCCUGGAGGACUCUGGAUAUCUUAAAGUCUGCAAAGAUAAAUGAAUUAAGUGGAAUAAAAGAACAUCUCCUGUUAGAAUAGCAUUAGAUAGCUGGAUUAAACAUAUGAAAUAAAUCAUGUGGGACAAUGAAAUCAAUAAAUCCUUAAGUUAUCACUGGGUCCCAGCAGUUCUUCAGCAAGGUUGAAGCCCAUCUACCCCAGGACAGGAUCUGUGCUGGAACCAGGGGCCAACAGAACACGAUCACUUCCCUUCACAUGGAUGAGAUCUGUUAAAUUAGAAGAGAGUUCCUGUGUCAACACCUGGAAAACCAUGAGUCAUAGAAACAAUCUUUAUGGUUAAGAAAAGCUCAUCUUCUUUAUAUAUAAGAAAAAAAUCUUUGGUACCUUUAACCUCCAAGAAUCUGAACUGACAGCUAGAACAGACUCACAGACUUUAGAAGAGACAGAUAAAACCAUCAGGGCUUAAAAGAAAGUAUUUUCCAUAGGCUAAAAGGACAGGCCAUGUAAGGAAAGGGAAGCUCAAACCAAAGGAAGACAGGACAUAGCAAUCCUUUAGAGUCUGGGUACUGCGUUUAUAUAUGGAGUGAUUUUUACUAAUAUUGAUCAGAAAUAUCUAGUUUUCCAAGGAUAUGAUUAAAAUAAGCUUGAUAUUA